AUGAUUUCGCUCGAUCCGAUUUCGAAAUUGGAACCUCGUGCUCUGGAGUCAAGUCAAUCAACAAUGCUACAAGUUGUAUGUAAAGGCAAUGUUAUCGAUAACGAAAAUUUAAAACAAAAUGAUUUAAAACCGUUAUAUAGAAGGAACUUCGUGUUAUUCCAAAGAGACUUAGAUCCUAACAUUGAAACCCGUCAUGAAGGCAGAGAUCUGGAAAGUGAUGAUUUGGAAGAAUCUAGUAAAAGCUUUGAUAAAGGACCGAUGGGCGAUCAACGAGCUGGUGAUGGACACACGUAUGACGGUGUUAAAGCUUUCUAUGUAAUUCCUGAUAGAAGGGACAAAGACCACGCACUAAGAGAUGAUGAAGACGAUCAGCAAAAUUUAGGUUAUCUUCUACGGUUACCACCAAGAAAGAAUCGCGUAGCGCUACCGAAAAACACGAAUAUGUCAAAUAAAAAAAUGUUUUUUCCUCUCUUUGGUUUGGGGUGGUGGGCUUUGAAAGGCCUACUGUACGCUAGUCUUGUAAAGGGAAUUGAAGAAGGGGCGACACACUUGAUAAAUAAAAGUAAAGGAUAA